AUGGCUCCAGUUGCGCCAACCAACACACCGACGAGGGCACCCGUGGUACAAGUCACGGAAGCACCAGUAGUGGCACCGACCCAAACUCCAGUAGUGAUGGUACCAACUGAAGAACUACUAUCUCUUUCGACUGUGAAGAGCACCAGAAAUACAUUUAACAAACGAAUGGUAUACCAGGGAUCCAUCAGUGACAUCCGCAUGUAUGGGAAACCAAGACGCAUUGUACACCGUCCCGGAGCAUUUGGAGGAUUGCCGGUGGUGGAUCAUGCCUUUUCAAGGCCGCCAGUUGGCACUCGAUCUCCCACCAUUGAGCCUACCAAAGCUCCAACGCCGUACCCGACUCCAAGAGUCUUUCACAAGGUUUGCAGGGAUGGCCGAGUGGUGGAGAUUGAUGGAACUCAUUCGCCAACCGUUCUGCCAAGCAUGGCGCCUACUUAUUCACCAGUGGUUCAACAGCAGACACGGCCACCAGCCUUUGUUGGGUAUGUUUGGGGAAAUGGUUAUGGCCAUGGGAAUGAUGACGAUAAUCCAAGGUGGUCCUUUACCAAGAAUGAAGGCAAGCUAUUAUUUGAUCAUCCCAACCUUGAAAAGGCUAUCUAUCGGGGCGAUUUUUCCCAAGUGCGACGACAGUUCAAGCGACGAGUCGAUACUAUGAGUCCGUGGUAG